GGUAGUGCAACAUUCUGCCCUUGCCUGAUUUGUUGUCCGUGACUCAGCCCUACUUAGGUCAAUAAAACCCGGAGAGCAGACUCACCUUCUCUGCACAUUCAGUAUGUUGCCGGCUUGUUCUUCACCCUUCUCAAGAGACAUUAAACUCCUGUUCCUGGCCUUAGCUGUCACUGUGGUCCUGGCUCAGGCUGCUCCAGAUGGAUGGGUCAAAAAGUGCUACCGAAAAAUUGGCAGAUGCAGGGGAACUUGCAAAGAAGAUGAGAAGAGGAGGGGAACAUGUGGGAGAAAGAAAUUUUGCUGUGUCCCUAAAUCAAAGUACCCGUUUCAAAGUUAUCCUAAAAAAGAAGAACUGUCAAGCAAGGCUAUGGGUCUACUUGGGACUCCUGACUACAGGAUUCUAAGUCAUUAUAACAAGUCAUUGAAAGCCCUCUAGGAUACCUACAUGAUCCUCAGAUCCUUGCUGGGUCCAGUGUGGAGAAGGAUCCAUUAAAGAAAAUAUGCUCAUUUCUGCUAUCACUGUCUCCUCUCUCCAGCCCUCUGUAGCCCAGUAGCGCUCUA